AUGUACUCACAGCUCCUCGUCUCCGCCCUCGUGGCCUCUGCUGCUGCGACUGCCGUUCCACACAAUCAGCCACAACCCAACAAGGGUUACAGCUGGGGCGACAAGAGCCCUGCUGCUCCGACCGGCGCCAAUGGCAAGAAUCAGCCUUUCAGAUUCCCGCUUUCGAACGGCUUCCCAAACAUCCAGGUGCCGUCUGACGCCCUCACUGCGAUCCAGAAGCAGGCGCACGGUACUCUGCCAAACGGAGCACUCCCAAAGAAAAUCAACGACACCAGCGCCACCGUGCUCGAGUUGAUUGCCUUCAACGAGAUCUUCGAAGUCGCAUACUUCACCUCUCUCCUCGGCAACAUCACCGACGGCACAUUCGACGUUGGCAAGGGUGCCGCCAAGGACAUUGUCGUGAACGCCAUCACCGCCGUCCAGGCCCAGGAGGAGCUCCACGCUCUCGGCGCCAACGCCAUCCUCGCCACCGCUGGCCGCACCCCAAUCAAGCCAUGCGAGUACAAGUUCCCAACCACCGACUUCGACAGCUCCAUCUCCCUCGCCGCCACCUUCACCGACGUCGUCCUCGGCACGCUCCAGGACGCUCUCGAGGCCUUCGGCACUGACGGCGACUCUGAGCUCCUCGCUCUGAUCGGUAGUGUCAUCGGCCAGGAGGGCGAGCAAGUCGGCUUCUACCGCAACAUUGGCAAGAAGAUCCCAUCGGCCCUCCCAUUCCUGACUCGCUCCACCGCGCCGUUCGCCUACUCUGCGCUCAACCAGGUGUUCAUCGUCCCAGGCUCAUGCCCCAACGCCAACAUCAUCGACAUCCCAAUUUACGAGCCUUUGACUGUCGUCACCCCACCUACUGCACCAGAGGACACCACUGUAACUUUCAGCAUUGCCAAGAAGGCUGGUGUUGAUGUCACCAAGAUGAGCAUCGUGUACAUCAACCAGCAGAACGUGCCAGUGUCUGAGCCAGUCCGCAGCGUUGCAGAGAAAGAUGGACAGAUUACCUUUUGCGCUGACUUCCCGGGCGAGAAGAACCUCAUGAAUGGACUGACGAUUGCUGGUCUUGCCAUGGGUGCUGGUCCUUUUGCGGAUGUUGCAGCUGCUACUGCUGCGACCAAGUAUGGACCAGGUCUGAUUGAGAUCAACUAG